UUCUUUUCCUUUCCUGAAUAUGUCUCUUUGCAAAACAAAUAUGGCUGACGAUGUAUCUGUUUUCGUGAAAGAAGAUCUACCAAAGACAGCAUUUCCUGUGUUCGAAGACAUCAGAAGACAGGGGAAAUUGUGUGAUGUCACAUUAAAGGUUGGAGACAGAAAAUUUACAGCACACAGAAUAGUGUUAGCUGCUACUAUACCAUACUUCAAUGCCAUGUUCACCCAUGAUAUGGUGGAGUCUAAACAAGAUGAGAUUACCAUGCAAGGAAUAGAUCCAAAUGCUUUGGAAGCCCUUGUUAAUUUCGCAUACAAUGGAAAAGUGCAGAUUGGUGUAGAUAAUGUACAAAUACUACUAGUGGCUGCAAGUUUUUUACAUCUGCAGGCUGUCAAAGAAGCUUGCUGUGACUUCUUGAAAAAAAGACUUAAACCAUAUAACGUUUUAGGAGUAAGAACAUUUGGGGACCAGUACAUGUGUACCAGUUUAGUGGAGGCUACAAAUAAAUACCUUCAGAAACAUUUCAAAGAAAUAAUGAAAUCUGAGGAAUUUUUCAACCUCAGUCUUACUGAUGUAUUGGAGAUCAUAACAAGAGAUGAGUUGAACAUCGAUUCUGAAGAACAAGUUUUUGAGGCAGUGAUAAACUGGGUAAAACAGAACACAGAGGAGAGAUGUAAGGCAUUACCAGAACUGAUGGUUAAAGUUAGACUACCAUUACUAACACCUCAUUACUUGUCUGACAGGGUAGCCACGGAAGAACUCAUUAAAAACUCAUUGCAAUGUCGAGACCUCCUAGAUGAAGCAAAAGACUACCACUUGAUGCCAGAGAGGAGAACUCUUCUACAAACAUUUAAAACAAGACCAAGAUGUUGUUCAGACAUUCCUGGCAUCAUCUAUGCCGUAGGAGGCUUGACGUCUUCUGGAUAUUCCAUGAACUUGGUGGAAUGUUAUGACCCCAUUGUCAAUAGAUGGACAGUUGUAGAACCAAUGACAACGAUCAGAAGUAGAGUUGCUGUGUCUGUUCACAUUGGUUGUUUGUAUGCCAUAGGAGGGUAUGAUGGAGAAGAUAGAUUAAAUACUGUAGAAGUGUAUAAACCAAGCAAUAAAACAUGGAAAACAGUUUGCAAAAUGCAUUGUAAACGAAGUGCACAUGGAGCUACAUCCUUAGGUAAACAUGUUUAUGCUUGUGGUGGCUAUGAUGGCGUUUCAUCACUCAGAACUGUAGAAAUAUAUGACCCAGACGCUGACAGUUGGACCAUGGUAGCUAGUAUGUUAAAACACAGAAGUGCUGCAGGUGUUGCCUGUCUUGAUGGAGAAAUAUUUGCAUGUGGCGGUCAUGAUGGAUUAUCAAUUUUUGAUUCAGUGGAGUGCUACAAUCCUUCCACCAAUACUUGGAGGUACAUACCUAACAUGUUAACAAAACGAUGUCGUCUCGGUGUAGCUACAUUAAAUGGGAAACUGUAUGUGGCUGGUGGAUAUGAUGGAUCUAUCUUUUUAAAUAGCGUUGAAUGUUACGAUCCUCAGAAAAACGAAUGGGCUUAUGUUAAACCACUGCAGAUAAGAAGAAGUCGUGUUGCUAUGGUAGCUUCAUAUGGAAAACUAUUUGCAAUUGGUGGAUAUGAUGGUAUUGUUCAGUUAACUACAGUGGAAUGUUAUGAGCCCGACAAGGAUGAAUGGAAAUCAUUACAGCCUAUGUGUGCUCAUGAAGGUGGAGUUGGUGUAGGAGUACUUCCCAUUGACUUAGAUUCUUAAUCUGUUUAGUGUAGAUGAAAAUACUUGAAAUGUACGAAAAUAAGAACUAGAUAUGGCAAAACCCAUGUUAUGCUACAUAUGAAACCCAAAAAUGAAUUUGGAUCAAAAUACACAAAAGAAAAGUAUAGGAGUUGCAUGAAGGAAAGUUUAAUUGAAAUUGAAAUUACAAAAAUUUUCUAGCUUAAACAUGUUUAAGUACCUUUAAUUUGAUAUUCAUUCCCUUGGUUAUUAGUACCAGGUUAUGUGUACAUUUAAAUAGUAAAUUUUCUUUAUGAAUAUAAAAUGUUGGGUAUUCAUCAAUGAAACAGCAAAUAAAGACACAAAAUACCUAAAGAAUCUAGCCUUGUUCAUCUGUCUGCUCUUCAUAUGUGUAACUCCUCACAGAGCAGUGACAGGAUUUUAUGAGACUCUCUGGAUGAUGGUAUUUUAAUUUUUUAUCCUAAUGAUUUAGAUGGUUUCUGAUAGCAGCAAAACAUGGACAUUUGCCAUAUCUUCACAAAAGGUGUAAUUAGUGUAUGAAUUUUGUGUUUUUGAAGUUCAUAUUAUUUUCACCAGAUAGUUGCAAUAUGAAUACUUCUUGCAAUAUUUUUUUUCACUGUAGAGGUUGGUCUGUAUGUGAUAUUUAUUUUUUUUUUGUGGUUAAAAUAGCAAAAUUGUGAUAAUACAUAUAUAUAUAACAUGUACAUUUAUUAUGAUCAUUUCUCAAAUUCUAGUCUUAAUAUAUUCAGAAUCAUAUAGAAUUUAGAAAAAGUAAGUUACCAAUAAGAAUGGCCAGACAUUAAAUGAUUUAAUAAACAAUGAUUAAUGUCUCACAGAUACAAAUUAUAAAAGUUCAUUCAACAUAAACUUUCAUAAAUCCAUAGAAUUAACUGUUCUUAAAAGUUCCUUUUGUGAUUGAAAUAACAGUAGUAUUAAUGGUAUAAAUAUGUAUAAUGUGAGUAAAAGUGCAUUCAUUUAAAUUGAAUGAUUUAGAAUUCUGCAGAGUUUGGAAUUCAAUCGAUUUGCCUUACAAAUGACUUAAACAUCAAGAAUUCAUUUCCAUUUUAUGAUAAGUGUCAAUGUUAAAAGUGCAAUCUGUGGAUGACCUUAAUUAUUGUACAUUUUGUGUUUAGUUUUGAAUUUUAUUAUACUAAUUUUAAUUACCCAAAAAAACCUGUUUCAGUAUUCUCCCAAGCAGUCUAUACGCUCAACCACAGGGCAAGCAGCCCAGGCUUAUUAAAUUACUAUCAGGCCUGCAAGAUUUUCUACUACAAGCUAAUAAAAAACUUCACAAAAUUUUCCAAGAAAAAGAGUGUCUGGCUUGGGGUUGCAAAAGUUUAUCCCGAAGACUGCCUAAGUAUUUUCAAAUAGCACAGUUUCCCCUGAAAUUAUAGCACUACAUUUACAAUACAUUCUGUUAUAAAAUCUAUUCAGAUAGACCAAACCAUCAUCAUGAUAAUACAUAUAGCACUACAGUACCAUGGUGUUGUAUGGUCCUGGGGAGAACACUGUAGCAUAAUUCUUAGAAAUACCUUUAUAACCUGUGAAUUCAAGGUGAAUUUGAUGUAAUAUGUACAUGUAUGUUCUAUAUUUGUUUGAUUAAAAGAUGGGACCAGUUACCAUAUGUUUAA